CUAAAAGACUAUAUAACAGUAUAUUUUAACAACGUCUUAGUAUACUUAAAUAGAAGCCUUAACCUAGACCUUAAGAAAUAUAUAUUUAUAAUAAAGGAAGUUAAAUAUCUAGGGUAUAUUAUAGAGGUAAAGGUCUAUAUCUACCUUAACCCUAAGAAGAUUAAAGCUAUCUAUAAGUAG